UUCAUUACUGCAGGCUGCUGGAACAGUAAGCAGUUGAAAACAUCACAUCUUAAGACUGAGAUGUUCAUUACUGUGAUAUUUGGUGAGGGAAGAGAGGAGAUACUGAACCUAAAUUGCAAGGUUAUAAACUUCAUCCACUGUAUAAAAGAAAAAUGCAAUCUAGAUCCCCAAGAGACUGUGGACUUGAUGGACAGGAUGGGAGAGCUGGUGAACUUGGCAGAGAGAGCACAGAGCACCGACCUCGUCAGCAGUUUGCUGAAGGAGAGAGAGAGCUAUAUUCCAUUACGUGUAUCACGAGGUGAAGGCAGUGAAGGUCCAAAGUAUACUGCAGUGUAUGACUUUGGGACAAGUUACCCUGAGCUAGCAGAGAUUCUGAGAAAACUGUCAAAUCCUUCAAAGGAGAAGGACAAAAGGGGUGGAGCAUCUAAAAGGGGAGGAGUCAGUCAAAACCGCAUCAAAGCAGCUAUCAACUUUAAGAAAGCCAUCACAACACCUCGGAGCUGAAAACACUCUCUUACUAUUUCCUUGUGUUCUUUAACAAUGUUGUAAAUAUUUUAUUUAUAGAAUUGGUUAUGUCAUAUAAAUCAAUGUGAAGAAUAAAUGUUGUUUGUGUAUAUACACAACCAUUCAA